GUACUGCGCAGGGUUGCAGACGUCGCCGUAGGCCGAGAAUAACCGUGCCGAGUUCGACUCGGUGGUUCGAGUGUUGUCGCUCCGCCCACAGGCUACGAUGGCGGCGGCUGCGCUGUCGGCCCCACAUCAGGGCAGUGUGACCUUUGAGGAUGUGGCCAUGUACUUCUCCUGUGAGGAAUGGUGUCUUCUUGAUGAGGCUCAGAUACAGCUGUACCUGGAUGUCAUGCUGGAGAACUUUGCACUUGUAUGCAUGCUGGGUUCUUGGCGUGGAGUCCAGGAUAAAGAGACACCAUCUGAAGAAAUCAAACCUGCAGGGGUGUUACAGUUUCUCACUCCGAGGGCAGGUUUGUCUCCUGAGAAGACCCAACGCUGUGCGAUGUGCAUCCCAGUCUUGAGAAACAUUUUGCACUUGGCUGAAGAGCAAGGAACAAUGGAGAAAGUCAUCACAGCUUGGGAGAAGGUAAGAUAG